CAGAAUCCAGUAAAAAAUUUGAAUAGUUUUUUGUUGUGAAACACAGCUUAUAGAUUCAGUAUGGUCAGCUGUUUACAAUAACCUCAAAAUUAUCUAAAAUGCUCCGCUUACUGUUGCGACAAUUUGGGAAUACUCCAGUUAAUUACACACACUCGAAUAAGCGUUUAGCAGUACAAAGAUGGAUCCACACUACAAACAAAAUGCUUCAUGGAGAAUACGAGUGGCAAGAUCCCAAAUCGAAAGAUGAAAUUGUAAAUGUUACUUAUAUUGACAAAGAUGGGAAUCGAACGGAAGUCAAAGGAAAGGUAGGAGAUAAUGUACUGUACUUGGCCCACCGCCACGGCAUUGAGAUGGAAGGUGCUUGUGAGGCAUCAUUAGCAUGUACGACUUGUCACGUCUAUGUAAGCGGAAAAUAUUACGACUACUUACCUGAAGCGGAAGAGAAAGAAGAUGACUUACUAGAUAUGGCGCCAUUCCUUAGAGAAAACUCACGACUUGGCUGUCAAAUUGUUUUAACAAAAGAGCUGGACGGUAUAGAAUUACAGUUGCCAAACGCGACAAGAAACUUCUAUGUGGAUGGCCACAAACCGAAACCGCAUUGAUCAUUUGAUCAGCAUAAAGAUUAGACCAAAGCAAAUCUUAUGUAUGACUCAAUGUAUUGUAAGAUAAAGCAUAUGUGUACACAUACAUACAUAUGUAUCUGUGCUUUUUUCUAAGAACGUUAUUGUAAAGCAUCGUUAUAUUAUAUGGUAAAUAUUCUAUAAAUAAAGUUUAAAAGUUGAAAAUUCUGAUGCUUUACGUCAAUGAUUUUAGAAAGGCAAUAUCCACGCAAAUAUGGGUGUGUUCAGAAAUGCAUCAAGACAAAGCAUCAGUCUCUUUCAUUUUUAAAUUAUAAUUUAUGGAAAUUCCUUAUUAACAGAACUAAGUUCCAACGCUCAAUGUAACCGUGGUUGCGCGUAUUGGACAUUUCCAACAAUUGCGGUAUAGAAAUAAAAGCCUGAUGUUUUGGCUUGAUGCACGUCUGAACGCACCCUAUAUACGGAACUAAUAAACUUUAACGCUAUGUCAAUAUCCAAGUUUUCUUUGUAUGUUCUUUAUUCAAUUUAAGGGAUUUCCACUUCACUUAAAUAAGUUAUCUGCUAAAAAAAUGGUGCCACAAAGCUCACACGUUACAAAAAAAAAAAAAA